AUGGCACCCGAAAAAGGCUGCAAGGAUCGCGCAGGCUCUAAGAGGAGCGCACCUGUUGACAUAUCCUCUGGAGAAAGCGAAGAGGAGGAAGACGAGGUUUCUCAACGUCGGAGACGGCCCCAGACGACCAAAUACACCAAGGCCGGCAAAACAAAGUCCACCAAGAGUCGCAGAGGUCAGACAUCUACAGAUGUUAGCAGCAGCGACGACGAUGAAGACAUCAGCAGUAGCGAUGACGCUCCGCCGCGGAAGAAGUCCAAGACUACCGCGACCAAAACAACCAAAACAACAGGCAAAGGCAAGGGCUCGGGCAAGGCGAGGGCGGUCGAGGACAGAGUUUCCAUGUUCAAAACUACCGACCUGCAGUGGGUAGACGAUGAAAGGAAAUUCCAUCAGGAAGUUCACAGUCGAACGCAUCAAGAAAUCUUCGGAGCUCUCGACAGAGAUGUUCCGCCGAUCACCUUGGAGGAAAUGGAUCAGAUUCUCCCAGAGGAGCCUGAUUAUGACGAAGACUGGUCCGCCGAAGAUGAGAAGAAGCUUUUACAGGAUUGGGAGCAGGACCGCGGUCAGCAGCUGCUACUCGACCAGGACGCUUCAGCUUUCCCGGCGUUUGUGAAGGUCGCAUUCAGAUACUUUCGCAGGUCACCGAUGGAAUUCAUUUCGGUCAUCUACCACCUCGAAUGGGACCAAAGCCGGGGCAAGAGCAAUGAAAGGAAACACCGGUGGACUGCCGUCUUCUGUAAGAGGUUGUCUGAGUUGGCAACUCAUCCACUCUUUGACAAGAACUACAAGCUUCUGGUUCUUGCGCUGCAGUAUGCAAGCAUGAUGCUCAAGAACGAUCGCAGGACUUGGCCGAUCUCGCUCCCCAGCAGGGAUCCCUUCUUCGUGGUACUCGGCCAGGUUAUCAAGAAGUACAAGGGCAUAGACAGAGAUCCAGCAAAGAUACACAAGGAGGUGCGGAAACGACUCAAGGACGGGGGAUAUACAAUCCCGCUGUUUUCUGAGUUCAUGUUGAGGCUUGAGGAACUCCGAACCCCUACUUCGGGUAGCACCAUCUCCAACAGUGUUGUCCCCUUGGUGUACAUGGUGGGAAACGAUGAGGCUAACCUCCUCGUGCAGGCUACGAACAUGGUUUCUACAACAGGGAUGCCAGUGUUUCGUGACACUCCCAUGUACAAGUCAUACACAAUCACCCGCGACACACGCGAGCGCGAGAAUCCUCCAAAGAGGUCGGAGCAAAUACCGUACUUGAAACGAUCGCUCAUUGCCGUUUGGCGACACCGAGAAAAGGCCAAGAGGAGGGCGCAGCGACUGGGCACAGACAGUGACCAGGAACAUGAAGAGUCGGAUUCGGAUCUCGCGGUCGGCAUCUUGCGAGAAAGAAUCAAAGAAGCCGAGGCGAAGUGUACCCGAAUCGCACAGGAGAAGGAUUCCAUGGCCGCAAAGAUCGACGCAGCCGAGACGAGAAGUACUCGUGAUGGCAUGCGAAUCGCAGAACUCGAAGCAGAGAUUCAGAGGCUGAAUGACAACAGUUCCGCAAGGGGCUCGACUGUACACAGUCGGUCUUUUGGCGAUGAUGGAUUUGGGGAUGGUUUCGACUUUUCCGACGCUGGAUUAGGAGGUGACAAUACGGGCCACAGCUCUAAAGACGAGACUCCUGGCAAUCCAACAAGUCAUGUUGGAAGGUCUUCAGAUGAUCCAGGCCCUCAGCCAGCUGUUGAUUUCCUUUCGGGUCGCUACUAG